GCGAUGCUGGGGCGCGCGGGGACGCGGGGCUGGACGGCGGCGCUGUGCCUGCUGGCGCUGCUGCCCUCUGCUGUAGGGGAGGAGCUGGACGCCGUGACGACGCUCGGGGCCAGCGAAUCCUCCAGCGUGCAGGCGUCUCCCACAGCUCUGUCGCUCCAGCCCAGACUGCCGUCGUCUCCUCCUCCGAGCAGCCCUCCUGGGGACACCAGCUCGCCCCCCGUGGCUGAGGGGAGCAGUGGCACCACGUCUGCACUCACAGAUGCUGCUGCCAGCACCUCGGCUGCCUCUGGGCUCACACUGGUCCCUGCCACUGGGGCGUCUCCCACUCAGACCUCCUCCGCCGGCACACCCUCCUCUGCCCCGAACAACUCUGCGACCACGGAGGUGACUCCAGAGCCCAGCACGUCCCCUGGAACUGCCGUGGCCCACCCGGACAACAACACAAGCCCUGAGGUGCCCCUCCUGGACCUCCAGACAUCGCUUUCCCCUACCGUAAAUGUCAUCAAGGGGGAAAUCCGGUGUUCCCAUGUGAAGGAGGUGCGAGCCGGCCACAGUAUCUGCCUGAGACGGAACGAGACGGCCAGCUGUGAGGACUUCCGGAGGGACAGUGGCGAGGCCCUGGCCCAAGUGCUCUGUGCCGGGGAGCCGGUGGCAGGGUCUUGCUCCUGGCGGCUCGCCCAGUCCGAGGUCACCCCCGACUGCCUGCUGCUGCUUGUGGCCAACAGCACAGAACUUACCAGCAAGCUCCAGGUUCUGAGACAGCACCAGUCUGACCUGAGGAAGCUGGGCGUGCACAGCCUCUCCGAGGAGGACGUGGGCAACCACCAGAACUACUCCCGCAAGACUCUCAUCGCCCUGGUCACUGCGGGGCUCCUGCUGGCCGUCCUGGGCCUUGCUGGCUACUUCCUGAUGAACCGGCACAGCUGGAGCCCGGCCGGGGAGCGGCUGGGUGAAGAUCCCUACUUCACCGAGAACGGGGUGGGGCCCGGGGCCUCCCCAGAGAGGCCGCCCAAGGCCGCUGCCAGCCGCGGGGCUCAGGAGAACGGCCAGCCCCCACCCAGAAAUGGGCACUCGGCGCCACGCACCGUAGCCGACACCGAACUGUGACAGGGCACCGCCGACCUGCGCCUGUGGCCUCUCCCCCGCUCCCUCACUCCCGGGUAACCCAGGGCCAGCCCAGGUCCUCCUGGUGCCCCCUGCUGGCCUCCGUUCUGGGCUUCCCGAGGCGGGGAGGGAAAUUCGGCGUGGAGGCAGGGCCUGUCCGCUCCCACGACGGUGCUCCCUCCUUGUAGUCAGAGGCCGAGUGUCCCGUCAUCAGUGGCUGCACCCUGACCUCUGACCCCUCCUGCACCCCCGCCUCGGAACAGAGCCCCCACUGGCCCGGGCUCCCCCCACUCUGGCCAGGCUAGGGCUUCUGUCUUCCUGCCUCGGGGGCCAGUGGACACGCCCUGUCGGGGCAGCCAGACCAAACCUCAGCUCCCGGCCCCGUCCCGACGCCUGGACUGAGUGCCUCAGGCCCAGCAGACCCCUCCUGGCCACCCCCCCCCGCACCAGGACACCACGCAGCCCCUCCAGAGGAGAGUGUGAUCCUUCAGUGAC